AUGGCCGCGACUAGGACUUCGACCCGCCAAGCUGCUCAGAAGGCGAAGGAAGCCAUAGCAGCCGGUCCAGACACUAAGAGCAAGAGUGGGGCGGGCGCAAAGCGCAAGGAAGCUGCGCAUAAAGGCCCAGAGCCAAAAAGGAGCAAAAAGGAUGAUCAGAAGCCUGCGCGGGAUGAAGACCAGAAGGUGGAAGAGCAAAAGGGGGGUGUAGAAGAGCAAGUAAAGGAAAAGAAGGAGGAACCUGUUCAACAAGAAGCAGAGGGAGAGAAGGUUCAUCCGGUUGAAGAGCAGGCAGAGGGAGCAAAGAGUCAGCAGAAUGAGGAGCAAGCAGAGGGAGAGAAGCAGCAACAGAAUGAGGAACGCUCAGAGACCAAGAAGGAAGAGCCUGAAGAAGAGCAAGCAGUGGGGGCGAAAGAAGAACAGAAAGAGGAACAGCUAGAAAAAAAGCGAGAGAAGCCCGCUGCUGAUAGGGUCGAGUCUGGGGUUCAAAAAACACAGGAAAGAGAGGAUGCCGUUCCUUCGAAUAUACUCGAGAAAGGCGUGAUCUAUUUCUUCUAUCGAUCCCGAGUUAACGUGUCCGAACCAAAUAGUGUGGACGAUGUUGCCCGAAGCUUCAUUGUACUACGCCCAACUCCUUUAGGGGCCUCCCUGGAUCAAACGCAGGGGUCUUUGGAACCUGGCGCGAAGUGUCGGCUGAUGCUAUUGCCUAAAAAGAAAUUUCCUGCCAGCGGGAGGGAGAGAGAUAUGGGUUUCGUUGAGAAGACUGGACAGACGAUGAAGGAGCUCCAGGAGAACUAUCUCUCUGGUGAGAAAUAUGAAACCUCGACUCGUGGCGAACGCACUGUGCCAGAAGCCAAGCUGUAUGCCGAAGGCGUCUAUGCGAUUACGUCCACCAAGCGAGCUUCGCACUUGGCGUACAUUUUGACCAUCCCUGGGGAGGUCGGCCCUCUUCAGGAAGACUUUGGUCUUCACGCGCGUGGCAGCUGGAUUGUACAGUCGAAGAACCCGAAGUAUCCGGGGCCUUCCUCCGCGCAACUUCCAAAGGACCCUGAGUACCCUGAAAGUGUCCGCGAAAAGUUCCAGGAUUAUCGCUGGGCACCAUUGACACCUGAGUUCAUUGACUAUCCCAACGCCCAGUUCCUGAUGAUCGGUGAAGCUACAGAUGACCUUGGAAAGGCUGCUACUGCUGAGCCUGACGGAAAGCGGUCUGAAGAGGCGCAGCCCUGGGAGGAGAUCUGGGACUGGAUGCGAGUAAGUAUCCUAAGGCGACGUCUACGUUGCAUGAACUUGGCCAUACUAAGGGCGUGCUGGGCAAUGAGGUUUAUGGCAGCAGCAGCCAGAUCCACCGUCGUCAACCAGACCACCUGCGGCGGCACGACCUACGCAUACACCGGCCUGGAAGGCUACGGGUAUAUCCCCUCCAACGCAACAGACAAGUAUGGCGACACGAUCGGCGGGAUCGGUAGCUCGAUAGCCAUGGAGCCCGGUUCCUGGCGCCGAACAGGGCGAGACAGCUACUCCGGAACGGUCUAUGCCCUACCUGACCGCGGCUGGAACACCAACGGAACCCUAAACUUCCAACCGCGCAUCCACAAGAUCGCCCUCACGCUUACCCUGGCGCGCAAUGCCUCAGCUCACACCGCCUCGCCCCCCAACCUGCGCCUCAAAUACCUCGACACGGUCCUCCUCACCGGCCCCGACGGCCUCCCCACCACCGGUCUGGACGCCGACGUAACCGGCGCCGCAUCCUACCCCGGCUACCCGCCCCUGCCGGCAGCCACCUACGUUGGUGAUGGCUUCGGCGGCGCAGGGCCCGGCGGGAAGCGCGUCUCCAUGGAUCCGGAGGGCCUGGCGAUCGACAACGACGGCGGGUUCUGGGUGUCCGAUGAAUACGGGCCGUACGUGUACAAGUUCAGCAAGGAGGGGCGGAUGGAGCUGGCGGUGCAGCCGCCGGAUGCAAUCCUGCCCCGUCGGAACGGGACGCUGAGUUUCAGCGCGGCCAGUCCGCCGGUGUAUGCCCCGGAGCUGAAGGUGAACCCGGAGGAUCCGCAGUCCGGACGGAACAACAACCAGGGUCUGGAGGCGCUGACGCUAUCGGCGGACGGGAAGACGUUGUACGCUAUGAUGCAGUCUGCGCUGAACCAGGAGGGCGGCCCGAAGAAGAAGAACCGGCAGCCGGCGCGGCUGUUGGAGUAUGAUAUUUCCUCUGGGAAGCCGGUGUACCAACACGAGUAUGUGGUGCUGCUGCCGAAGUAUGACGAUUACACGAAGAAUGAGUCGGUGGUCGCGUCGCAGUCGGAGAUCCACAUCCUUCCCACUGGGGAUUUCUUGGUCCUCUCGCGGGAUUCUGGGUUCGGGCAUGGCCAGGGUGAGACAAGAUCUGUGUAUCGGCAUGCAGAUGUGAUAUCGAUUGCGAAUUCGACCACGGAUCUGAAGGGCAAGUAUGAUGGUGUUGGGGCGAGUGUGGCUUCUUCCAAGGGCGUGUUGAACGAUGGGCUUACGCCCGUCGAGUACUGCUCGUUCCUGGAUUAUAAUGUGGAGUCGGAGCUGGCGAAGUUCGGGCUGCAUAAUGGUGGAUCGCAGGAUGCGUUGCUGUUGAAUGAGAAGUGGGAGAGCUUCGCGCUUGUUCCGGUUGAGCCGGAGCAGCGGAGGCGUGGCUCGAAGAAUGAGUAUUUCUUGUUCAGCUUCAGUGACAAUGACUUUAUGACGCAGGAUGGGCACAUGAACUUCGGGCGGUACAAGUACGCCGAUGAAUCGGGUUACAAUAUUGAUAACCAGGUGCUGGUCUUCCGGGUGGAAUUCUAGAAUAUAUUCGUUGAUAGAUUAGAGAGCGAUGUUGUUGUUGUUCAUAAUAUGUCCAUUCAAGCAUUGGAUUAACAGUAUAUAAUAACCGGCAUGUUGUCGGUCUUCUGAUUGAUGCCUGCACCGAAUACAAGUACAAACGAGAGAAUCAGCGUCUGGAAAGAGAUGACUUGGCCGAGAACGCCCCAUUCCAUAAAUGCAAUCUUGACGUGCCUCAAUUCACAGGAUUUUCAUAGCAUAGUAGAUUAAAUGGCAACUGACGUGAUACAGGAGACCUAGGCCCCCAGACUGAACGAGAACAUAAUGCCAACCAGAUGGAUCAACUAAAUUAGUAGUGGAGAGAUCCCUAGUCAAGGGUGUUAUCUGCGUCCAACGUUUC